GUACACAACUUUGGAUUACUUCAUGGAGCAAAACAUUGAAUUGAGUAACUGAGUAUUUUCCAAAUUCAAAACGAACCACCUGCCACGAACCACAUUUUAGAAGAUACAUGUUUGGCAGAAUCGAGAUCGAUGAUAACAUUGCCAAGUUAAGACAGUGGUGUCUGCUGGGGGCUGGUGGAGUGUUGGCCGUCAUGGUGAAGAAUGUUCCGGAAGGUCAAAAAGCGUCACAGCAGCAGCAGCUCCCAAAGCAGUGAGAUCAGUACCAAGAGCAAGUCAGUAGACUCCAGUUUGGGAGGUCUCUCCAGGUCCAGUACUGUUGCUAGCCUCGACACAGACUCGACCAAGAGCUCAGGUAACAGUGCUGCGUCAGAGACGUGUGCUGAGUUCAGGGUGAAGUAUGUCGGAGCCAUAGAGAAGCUGCCGUUUGAGAUGAGUAAGACCCUGCAGGAGCCUCUGGAACUCAUCAACUACAUAGAUGCAGCCCAGCAAGAUGGAAAGCUGCCGUUUGUGCCUGGAGAUGAGGAGAUGGUACUGGGAGUGUCCAAGUAUGGAGUCAAAGUGGCCUCCAUGGAUCAGUGUGACGUUCUGCACCGCCACCCUCUCUAUCUGAUAAUGAGGAUGCUCUGUUAUGAUGACGGCCUGGGGGCUGGGAAGAACCUGCUGGCUCUUAAGACCACCGAUGCCAAGCAGCAGGACUGCAGCAUCUGGGUGUACCAGUGUAGCAGCGCGGAACAAGCCCAGGCCAUCUGCAAGGUGCUGUCUGCCUCUUUCGACUGCGUGCUGACAUCAGAGAAGUCCUGAAAGGUGGUCGCCCUGAGGGACGGGGACUAUCCUCACGUGGCCACAGCACCAUGACCAAUCGGGAGCCUGGAAACCAUAGUUUACAGCAGGGUCACAACUUACCCAGCAUGCUUUGCAACACCUCUCAUACACCACCUACAGACCCACCAUCCACCUGUCAGGUGACCAUCAUGAGUACGGCCAUUUUUAUUGUUUUUAAUCUAACUUAAUCUUAUUUAAUGUAAAUACAUUAGAAAGUACAGAGGCCUCAUGUCUGUACUUGGGAAGGAAGUGGCGGUUUGCUAUCUAGGUCUCAGAUAUUGCAUCCAGAGACUCCACUGACUUCCUUUAUAAAAAGGGGGAAAGUGGUAACCGUGGUACGUCGCAGUCAAUAUUUCCACCAUGGACCCCCCUUCUCCUCUAUCCCUCUCUCUUACUCCUCUCCCCUAUACAAACCAAAGGGAUGGUAUCAAUACAUGUGUAUGUGCCUCUUAUCCCCCUCCCCUUACUUCUUGGUCCAGAUGGGAUUGGAUCAGUUAAAAUGGUACAAUAAAGGAAAGGAAUUUGAAUGAA